GAAACGGAGGGAAACGAAGCAUGACAUAUGAGACGAGUUGUACGACAGAGCAAAUUCCGUCACGUCUUUGGCCAGGCGGUGAAGAAUGAUCAAUGUUACGAUGAUAUCCGGGUAUCAAGGGUCACAUGGGACAGCUCUUUCUGUGCAGUCAAUCCAAAAUUUGUUGCCAUAAUCAUUGAGGCCAGUGGUGGCGGAGCUUUUCUUGUUCUUCCCCUUCACAAGUCGGGACGCAUUGACAAAUCCUACCCCACAGUGUGUGGUCACACAGGCCCGGUGUUAGACAUCGACUGGUGCCCCCACAAUGAUCAGGUCAUUGCCAGCGGCUCCGAGGACUGCACAGUGAUGGUGUGGCAGAUUCCUGAGAAUGGCCUCGUCACUGCCAUGUCUGAGCCAGUGGUCGUUCUGGAGGGUCACUCCAAACGUGUUGGCAUCAUCACAUGGCAUCCAACAGCACGUAAUGUCCUCCUUAGUGCAGGUUGUGACAACCAGAUCAUCAUCUGGAACGUGGGCACAGGUGAGGCCAUGAUCAAUUUGGAAGACAUGCAUGCAGAUGUCAUUUACAACGUGUCCUGGAACCGGAACGGGAGCCUCAUCUGCACCUCCUGCAAGGACAAAGCCAUCCGUGUCAUUGACCCCCGCAAGGAGAAGAUCAUCGCUGAGAGGGAGAAAGCACAUGAUGGUGCUCGACCCAUGAGAGCCAUUUUCCUGUCUGAUGGCAACAUCCUCACCACAGGGUUCAGCCGCAUGAGUGAGAGACAACUCUCGCUGUGGAACGCGGACAACAUGGAGGAGCCCCUGUCUGUUAACGAGAUGGACACCAGCAACGGAGUGCUCUUGCCGUUCUAUGAUCCGGACACCAAUGUGGUUUACCUCUGUGGAAAGGGGGACAGCAGCAUCCGCUACUUUGAAAUCACAGACGAGCAUCCAUACGUUCACUUCCUCAGCACCUUCGUUACCAAGGAGCCCCAGAGGGGCAUGGGCUAUAUGCCCAAGAGGGGCCUUGAUGUCAAUAAGUGUGAAAUUGCAAGGUUCUACAAACUGCAUGAAAGGAAGUGUGAGCCUAUCGUGAUGACUGUGCCCAGAAAGUCGGACCUGUUCCAGGACGACUUGUACCCAGAUACGGCCGGACCGGACCAUGCCCUGGAGGCUGAGGAGUGGUUUGAGGGCAAGAAUGGAGACCCCAUACUCAUCUCCCUCAAGAACGGCUAUGUUCCACUCAAGAACCGUGAAUUCAAGGUUGUCAAAAAGAACGUUUUGGACAGCAAGGUGACCAAGAACACAGAGAACUCGAGCCCUGCCAACAAGUCUGCCUCUCCGACUCCAUCCAUUAAAUCUGAAGCCAAGCUGGAGGAGAUUUUGAAAGAAAUAAAAUCCCUCAAGGACCUGGUCAGCAGUCAGGAGAAGCGAAUCAUCAAUCUCGAAGAGCAAAUAUCCAAAAUUGCCAUUUAAAGACCCAACUCUCCCCCCCAACCCCCGCUGUAAUUCAGGACGUUCCAUUGGCUGGGUGGUGGGCAGGACUGGUCACUGCCUUAUCUCAAUGACGGUGUUCGUCCGAGUCCUGCCUAGCAACGAUCCCUAGCAACAUUCCAGAUGAACUUCUUCUUCUUUUUCUUCCUCUUCUUAGCCAGCCCCCGACCCUCAGUUUAACACAGGUGGAAUAAGAUGGAGGUUUGGAAAAUUUAACUGAAAAACAAAUUUCUCUGACUUUUAUUCUGUGGCAGCCUUUUUUUUUGUUUUGUUUAUUUGUAUAAAAAGGUCCUUUUUUGUGUUAGGGUGAACAGGAAAAUUCUAAUGUCAACACUUUCCAAUUAAGAUUGUACACCUAAACAUUAUUUUUAGGUAGCAGUAUGUUACUUUUCUCCUUUUUCUUUUUUUUUUUUACCAUACACCAAAAUUCAAAUGUUGCCAAAACCUUUUUUUUUUUACACCUCUUCCACAGUAUUUCUUUGUCUCUCUUGUGGGAAUAUUUAAAAUGCAAACAUGGAAGCUUCAAAGCAGUAAACUACAAGCAGAGGAAUUAAAAAAAUAGAAGAAAAACAAUGAAAUAGAAGGGGACAAUUAACAUUUAGUCUGAAUAUAAUAAUAAACAUUUAGCUGCCACAGUCCACUCUAAGCACCAGAUAAAUCAUGGUUGCUGAAGCUGAACAAAUCAACACUGGCUUUCUGCUCUUCCUUUUCAUUCCUGCUCUGACCUUGGACACGAUCGCCCACACGCGGCCACUCCCAUCGUCCCGUCAUUAACUUGCACUUUGCGUUUAUUGGACAAAAUGACACAUUAUACAUUCCGCAGUUGAAUGGCACAUGUUAGAAUGUCAUUCCUCCUCCGUGCUCCAACUCCAACCUUUGUGCAGGAAAAACUCAACCCCUGCUUUAUUUUUGUAAGAGGUUCAGUGGCCAACGUCUGUGUUUCAGUGGCCAGCACACGUCUUACUUUUCUUCUUAUGCAUAAAACGUAAACCAUCUUUAGAUUCUGUCAAAUCAAACGGGAGCUGAUAUGAUAUGACACCACGUAGUCACACAAACACACACACAGACAAGACGACCUCCUUUUGUGCGACCUGUCUCCGUAGACGUUCCUGUAGUGUUUCUCGCCUUUACCCUGGACAAACUGAAAAGUCCACAGUUAAUUUCAUCCCUUUUUCUUGUUCCUGUGCUUAUAUCCCUCUUAGCACUUCCACUCCUCGUUUUUUUCUUAUUUUUUAAUUUCUCUGAUAUGCCCACCCCCCAUUGAAUAUAAAUAAUGAACCAUGGAAUUGUUCACUCCAAUUUAAAAAAUAAAAUAAAAUAAAAAAAGCUCUAUUUUCUUGAUGUUGUAGAUUUAGCUUCCCAGUGGGAAGCAGAGACGGGUAAUGGUUCAGUCUGUUGUUUUGCCUUCAGUUGUUGUUGUUGUUACCACUGUAAAGACCUGAAAGUGCCAUAAAGGUGACACAGAAGUGUUUGUAGGGAGGAAUGUCGUGUAAGUAGAUUUGUGUAAUAAACGGACGAGUCGGUAGGUGCCCAGAUUUAAAAACCACUUUGAGGUGCUAUUUAGUACAAACACUCGAGUUCUAAAGGACCCUGUUCCUCAUGUACUGUACGUCACCACGUGACAUGAUGACAUCAUGAACUCCUAUCAGCCCAUUCCAAAUGCACCAGGCAGCAUUUACUGGUCAGGGUUUGUGUCCCCCUGACCUUUUUUUGACUCUUUUCCACCUUGGUACGGGUAUUCAAAUCAUUGCCAUCAUGAUGUCAAACCGAGGCCGUCGGCUGAUCGAAGCACAGCCUUUCCAGCCGCCGCCUCCACCGCUGCCGCGGCUUCUAGACGCAAUUUGAACAGAGAGUCUUAGAAUCGUAGUCGGAGAGAAGUCGACAGAAGUCAAACUGACGCUCUCUAGAUUCUUUAUAGCACUGAUGGCACACGAGUUUUGUGAGUAGAGAUCCAAAGGGACAAUGUAGGUGGGAGAAAUGUGCGGUUGAGAGAUAGAUGUACGUUUGUAAUUAAGGUCUAGAAACUGAGUGAAAGCUGUGUAAAUAACAUGACCAUAAUUUUUUUUUUUUUUUUUUUAAAUCAUGUUUUUUUCGUGGUUGUGCUGAAGAGGGUAUUUGUGAGGGCGGUGGGUUUCUAAAUGUUUUCCCCAUGUCUGUUGUUCCCCACACCUUUUGCCAUAAAUGUACCAUGAGACAACAAGAGCCUCUGUUAUAUUGGAGGUCGUAUGAAUAUCAAGAACGAACCAGGAUGGAGCCUCACGUCGAGGUCUGCGCAGCAUCUUUGUUCAUUAUUCUUGCUUCAAGUAUCAAGCAUUGAUUAUAAGAAAAAUUAAUAAAGAAUUUUUAAAACUGA